CACCAAUAUGGUACGAGCCAAUAUGGAGCCAAUAUGGACGCAUUUUAAAAACUUGUGAAAAUUUCAGUAAAUAAAGGGUCAAUAACGAAUAACAAGAAGCGAAAGUAAAGGGAGUAAUUGCAUUAGCUGAAACACUUUAUGAAAUUCUCUUCCAAUCUUCUCAUUCGCCCCGUCUUCAAUGUAUGCAUUAAACCUUUAUUAAACGUUGAUUUAAUACCGCUCGUUAUUUUCGUAGCGCCUGUAAUUUCUGCUUGUCUAUCCUGGCUCGAGGAUGUCGAAACGCGAAACGGGAAUUACAGCGACAAUUUAAUUAUUCAAACCUCAGGUCUCCGACCUUUCGGCUCCGAAAGCCGACGAUUCCGGCGAGCGCGCAGACAGCAUAAAAAUGGAAAGUGGUAACGUAAGAGAUAAGAGCUCAAAAAAACGGAGACUCAUAAAAAGUGGAGGAGUUGAAGGAGGCACGAGGCUCGCAGAAGAAGCGCGAUGGAGAAGAGCGGGGGUGUUCGAAAAGGGACGGAAACGCGAAAAGAGCGUGACUCGCGUGGAGAGAAAGAUGGCGACGUCGCGAACACGAGGGGGAGAUACGCGGCGCCACGGUUGGUCGCGACCGCGUCGCUCAGUCUACCGGUGUCGACCGGCCAAACAUGUCCAGCCGUUACUUUGCCAGUUAAAAUCGCGUGGUUCGCAUCCCUCGCUGCCACGAUCUCCCGAUCCGGUGAUUACGGCUCGAAAAGUCGCGCGGAGUGUCUCGAAUUGCGGCUCAAAACAAAAAUCUUCGAUCUACUUUGAGCCCAUGCCGCGCUCAAAAUAGUGAUACCAGCGUGGUUUCUUUUGUAAAUAUUCGAGGAAAGUGCUGAGUCGCUGAUUUGAUCAAACGCGACGACGAGGGCUCAAACUUUCUUAGUUUGAGCCAACAAAAUUGUGAAAAGUUUGUUUGGAUUGUGUUGUGGUAGUGAGUUUUGUUCGAAACGUCGAAUGGGACUCUGUAGUCGUUGAGUUUGUUACCAGUAACGAGGAAGAGUCACAAAAAUUGUGCUCAAAACAGUGUGGUAGCACUUGUUACAGACAACUCUAUAAGAUGAUAUAAGACCAAGAUGGACGGCUAGAUCUUACAAAAUUUUGAAAAAUUCAGUAAACAAAGGAUUAAACUUUAUUUGGGAUUUAUUUAGAUAUUUUAAUUCCACAUUCAAUUACCUAAUAAUAACCGGUGACACGAAGUCGCUUCCAUGUGAAAUUUCCGGUCAACAAUCCGUUAAACAGAGAAACGCUCAUUUAGACUUAGAACUGACUACGUCGAGCUCCGACGUCUGGAUGUAAAUCCCGCUAUGGAAAGCUCCGAUAGCUAGCGAACCGAAGUGUAACCGCAGGUGCAUCCGGAGGCUCCGAGCCAUCAUGCACGUGGACACUCAGAACCGUCAGCGCUUGAUCCUCCCCGUCGGCUGCAGGAACUUCAAAUCCGCGUUUCGGGAGCAACAGACUAUACCCUGAACCGUGUUGCGGCGUCUAACAUGCUCCCUGGCCGUGCCUUCUGGAAUGGAAGUCAGUGAGCCACCGGAGGAUGACGUGGACCUAUCGUUGGGCAGGAUCGGCGCUACUACGGGGAUCGAUCGUUUCUCGGAGUCGCUGAACACGACCGUGAGCGACACGUUGGAAGCGGUGACCGCCUCAGGGGACUCUUAUCAUCAGCCUAACGUGAUCUGGACGGUGAUAAAGGGCGUGGUGAUAAUCAGCAUCAUCGUUACGGCGCUGAUAGGGAAUGCGUUGGUGAUCGCCAGCGUGAGACGUCACAGGAAGCUACGCGUGCCCACCAAUCGCUACGUGGUCAGCCUGGCGGCGGCUGACUUCCUCGUGGCCGUCUGCGCGAUGAGCUUCAACGCUUCCGUGGAACUAUCCGGCCGCUGGGUCUUCGGCCGGGUCAUGUGCGAUCUCUGGAGCUCCCUGGACGUGUACUUCUCCACGGCGUCCAUACUUCACCUGUGCUGCAUUAGCGUGGACAGGUACUACGCCAUCGUCAGGCCGCUAGAGUACGCGGCCAUCAUGAAGAGGGUCACCGUCAUCUGCAUGCUGGGCGGCGCGUGGCUUCUCCCAGCUCUCAUCAGCUUCAUCCCCAUCUUCAUGGGGUGGUACACCACCGACGAACACCUGGACUACCUCAGCAAGAAUCCUGAGGUAAUGCAUUGGGAAUGCUUCGAAAGAAAAAUGAAAAGAGCAUCUCUUUCUCUCCACGGUGGGGACAUAAAUUUUGUCGUCCGAGCAGGACGAUUGAUUCAUUGUUCCGCAACGAUCGAUACCGCAGAAUCACAAAUCCUUUCAAAAGGGGAAUAAAAUGGAAAGAGAAUAUUCACGGAUUUAUGGAUUCCUUUGUCUACUAUAAAUGCAUAAGAUAAAAUUAGACGAACGACCUAUGGAAAUAAAACAAAAGAAGGAGCGCUUCUAUUUAAUUAGAUCUUUAAAUAUCAGAAGAAACGAAUCGGUGGAGCCAUUUCUUGACCAACACCAGGAGCUGGCGUGAAAAGUACUGAAUCGUUUAUUAUAUUGUACCUACUCAUAUUAAAUUUUCUAUAUUUCAUUAUAUCUACAAAUUAGUUCUCUGACAAUCAUUAUACAUACAGGCGCCGUUUUCGCGAUCGUACAACGUCGGUUAUACAUUUGUCGAUAAAAAAAUACACUGUGAUAGGUUGAAAAAUAUUAACGAAUCGAUUGUCUAACUAACAAAUUGUCUCGUUCAAUAACCAUUUGUUAAACUAUAUAGUUGAUAAUAAAAAAAAACUUUACCCUGUUCCUUAGUAUUAAGCAUUUCCUUAUGAGAGUUCUACGAUAUAAAGCUACCUACUGGCU